ACACAGAUCAACCUGCCUGGAGAAUGGUGGCAGUCUUGCUGCUGGGGCUCAGCUGCGUCUGUUCCCCACUGGUAGCCCUGGUCCUAGACUACAACAGCAUCAAGAGUUCAGCUGAAGUGCAGGGCACCAGAAAGAGUUCACAGUGCAUAACAGACCAGGACUGUAAUGCUAGCAAAUUCUGCCUCAAGCCUGAAGAUGAAGUGUCCUUCUGUGCUACCUGUCGUGGGUUACGACGAAGAUGCAAGCAUAAUGCUAUGUGCUGCCCAGGGACUAUUUGUCUAAAUGAUGUUUGCAGCCAGACUGAAGAGGUUACCCCAACAGAAGGAAGAAGGACUGACGAAGAGGAUGGUUCUGAUUCAAAAGGGACAACUCAACACCAGAUCCAAGAAAACAACUCUAAAAAAGGACUUGUCAAAUCUCCAAGCAAUAAAGGUCAAGAGGGAAAAAGCUGCCUUCGCACUUCAGAUUGUGCCUUUGGGUUUUGCUGCGCUCGCCAUUUCUGGACCAAAAUCUGUAAGCCAGUUCUCCGUGAAGGACUGGUCUGUUCCCGCCGGGGACACAAAGAUGUUGCACAAGGUCCAGAAAUUUUCCAACGCUGCGAUUGUGGCCCUGGUUUGUCUUGCCGACCACCGCUCCCCGGGCUGCCACAACGGUCUCGCUUAAACAUCUGCCAGAGAAGCUAAAGAGCCAAUACACACCAGCUCCAGAGGGAGAGCAAGGGAUUCGCUGUCUACUCCAGAGUUAAUUUAUGCAAGAUUCUAUAAAACUAUCCCUAAACUUCCACAGGCCAACAGAGCCCUGCACUGGAGGAAACAUGCAGCUCAAAGCAAAAUCUGGGCACUGAGCAACCUUAGAUGUAUAUUUAGGUCAUAUGGGCUCUGUUGUAUCCUUGUGGGCUGCAUUAAGUAGCUAUCAGACACUUACAAAAUCGCUUCCGCUUUCAGAUAGCAUGAAGUACAAAAAGCUUGAUUUUUUGUCUGCUUUUACAAACUAUUUAGGGUCCUUUUUUAUAGCUAUCAUACUCAAAUUCAGAGGUUCUCCAGCUGCUUCCCAACUAUUUAGUUAUUUACUAAAUUAAAAUAAAAUUAAAAAAUUUACUAACGGAACUAGUAGAUUCUUUCACAGGAAUUGCAAUGUAUUUGUCAAUAGGGUCAAACUAUUUCCCAAAUGUUUCAAGGAUGUUCAGAGCCACAGAAGAAAGCUGUUUCCACUUCUGGCUCCAUCUCAGACUCAAAGACGGAAUCACAUGUAAAUGUCAGUUACCAUCAAAAAGUGCUUCAUAAACUAUUUACAUAGAGCAGCACAGAGAUGAGAGCAAGCUUUAUCUAGGGCAAAAGGCAGUAGACACCUAAGAUACUGCAAGCUGCACAUAGGGAAACAAAAUGUUUUGUCCUUAGUGUUUUUGGACAACUACUCUUACAAAAAAUCCUCUGGGAUCUUUAAUGUCAACACAGAAAUCCAGGUCCAAUCUGGUCUAAAGGUUUAUCCAAAUGAUAUCUUUCCAUCUCUGCAUAAACACUCAGUAAACCUCUCCCUGCCUGGACUCAAACCUAAAGAAGGUUGGUUAGACCAUUAAGACCAUCAAUGAGAAUUUGUGGAAGUGGUGAAUAAGUAAAAACUGGAGGUUAUAAUGAAAGUCAUAUUGCAACUUAAACUGCAUCUAGCCUGCACUAAGUGAAUAUUUUUUUCAUUCUCUCUCUAUAGUAUUUAGAUAUCACAGUGACAGACACCUUCUAAUUGCUACCAAUGCAAAACCUGUAACACCACCUCUCGUCUAAAGACUCCGAAGUGCUCUGUCUGCCAACAUAUUUACUGGCUGUAUAAUUAAAAAUAUAAAAUUUCACCUGCCACUUAAACAAUCACCACUGAGAUGGAAAGUGCAGCCAGUUUACAAUGCACAAUUAUAGUUCAGGGCAGGAGGUGAAGACCUAUAGGAAUGGACUUGAUUAUCUGCUAAUUCCUUUCCCUAAAUGCUAUGAUCCUAAGAUACAGUAAAUAGCUAUUAAACCAAACUUUUUCCUUAUGCAAUUGCUCGUCUGUCAUAUUUAAUAGUAAACAGCAGAGUUUUGUGCGGAGCAUCUCCAACAUGUUUUAAGAGAAAUCUGGUAACGGUUUUCAGCUUUUUAAAGUUUAUUAUGGUUGUGAAGUCUGCAGAUUUGACCUUUGGCUUGCAGCACUUCAGGGAAAUGUAUCAAAAUUAAAAUGCAGUUUUCUUUACGCGGAGAGAAUGACCCCAUUGACUAAUGCUGUUACUGUCAGAGACAAGAUGGGAUAGUGUGACUUUUCUCCAUUAUUUUGCACCUACUAACUUGGCCACCCAUAAAUCAAUUCACGUAGUGACUAUUUUAAAUAUAAUUUAUGACAAAGUGCAUUGACUUUUAUGAAAGACAAAUAUAAUAUCUUCAUUUAGAAGCCACCAUUGAAUACACUAAUAAGUAAUUGUCCUUCUUAAGCAGCCACAUUUUUCCGUGCAAACUGUAGAGGAAAGUAAUAAAACAAAAGCUGUGCUUUCUAAACACAGAUAUCCAGUAUCCCAGGGAGAAAGGCAGACUAUAAUUUAUUAUUAGAAGACAAAAAUCUGGACCAAUUCCAAAUUUAAUCUACGAGGAAUUUUAUCGAGAUAUUUACGAGAUAUUUUUGAAUAAAAGUACAGUAAUCAAGUUGCAAUGCUAGGUGAUUUAAUUUUACAACAUAUUUUACUCUAGUGCCAUGGAACUAUUGUUUAAAAACAGUGUCAGUAAUACACACCUUCUGAAGUAAUGUUCAAGCAAUAAAUAUGCACCUAGCUUUGACUCUGAUGAUUAUUCAUAAAAGCUACAAAAUAAAUGAGCACUAGCCAGUAAACCUAUGAAUGCAAGUUAUUCACUCCGUUCUUUUGGCUCUCGAUACUUCCACUGUAUGUAGUCAAAGAUAUCCUUUUCACUCUCUACUGGGAGGGGCUCCCCAGCAACUCCUGAAAACACAAUAAAGAUGACAGACAGGUGAAGAACAGCACGUUUGCAAGGCAUCAGUAGCAGUGCUGUGCAGACACCAUUUUAUAAAGGACAGGUUUAUCUAGAAAAAACAGGCUGAUGUCUGAAAACCAAGAAGCUGCAUAAAGAAAUGAAAGGGAAAAUAGGAGUCUGGUUAAUAGUUAGAUAAGAUCUAAAAACUAGAACUUCUAUGCAAAACAAAAAAAAACCAAACCAAAAUAACCCCCACACCUGAUCAAUAGGUGUUGAAUGUAUCACUGUAAAUGCAGCAACUUUGUAUCCCAACCUCAUAGUGUGUCAAUCCUAGAACACUAGCUCUUGACACAGCUUUAUAAAUAUACACCAUCAGUUAAAAUUAGACAGAAUGCCCAUCCAAGCCAUCAGAGAGCUACAGUCUUGUUAUAGUGCUGGAAAACAGAUGCCUGCCCUGUGUGGCACAAAUAGACCAGGUCUUGUUCUCACUGAAAUCAAUGGCAUAAUUCCAUUGAGCUGGAUCAGGCAGACCCAGAAGGGGGAAUAUCUUGUGUGCAAGUGCUGCUUGGGUGCUGGAGAGAAGAAAGCUGCCUCCCGAUACUAGGUAGGUCUCUGAAGUCAGAGAGAAUAGCGUGCUACAUUUAACUAUGGCAUUUGGCAGUAGCAUCCUGAUAUACGAUUAUGUGCGUAUAGGUCUGUUUGGAGAAGAAAGGUUCUCAGGGCAAAUGUGAAGCUAACAACCCCUCAGUGCCAGCCGGCAAAGGGUUCACUCUUCUGUAACAACACCCGGCAGUCCUAACAAACUCACUAGACCCACCACAUUGCUUUCGUAGAAUAUAUCCAAAGAGAGUCAAGUGAGGAAUCUAAUAAAAGCGUAUCAUACUGAUCCUCAGAAAUGUUGCAAAAAUCUAUGUAUGGAUGAUAUUUCAGGAGUUGUGUAUGUGUACUGAAAAUAUAUGUUUUAAGAAGACUGUCUUCCAAGGUGGAGUUGACAAACCGGUUUUGAGUCAUACAAAGAAAGCUUAUUAAUGUUGGCAAUGUAAAUCACAUUGUUGGCUAUGUAAAUCAAUCACUGUAAGCCAAUAUAACGGAAGCUAAAUCUGCACAUUGAGUAAAUGGGGAUGGGAAGACACCAGAGACUAAAUCACAAGGAAUCAUCCUUACCCUGGGAACAAAACAAUUAAUUUGGGGGGCAAGAAGGAUGACUCUUUAUCCUCCAAUGAGGAACCAAAAAGGAUAGUGCUUUUUGCAUUCAUAAAAGGGGGAUCUCAUCCAUGUUGGUUGGAGAUGCUGGGAGACUGCUUUAGGCGAGAUAAACUAACAGACUAAAACUUCUAACUCUAGGAAGCAUUUUUUAUAUACAACCAUUUCUGCUUCCAUUGUUAUCCUUACUAUCUCUUAAAUAUUAGCUUCUAAUAAUAAACAUAUGAUUGUUUUCAUUAUAAAUAUAUCUCAGUGCUGUAAUGUUAUAUAGGAGCUGACUCUCAGUUGACUCAAACAAGUGUGUGUAUACUGUUCCCUGGGGGAGAGCGAAUCUACUAAUUUCUGUGAGCAUCCAGUGACAGGAGUGGGACACUGCAAGGUGCGGGCCAAGGACUCUGAGGGUUGAUGUGUCCUUAUUAUUAGAUUGCACAAAAAGAGAUAUAUGUGGAGGCCUCAAAAGCAGUCUUUGUAGUAGCUAGAGGGGUUUGGUUUCAGGGAGCUGAGCUACAGCAGGCACAGACAAGACCAUUUCUCAUGAAGGGCAGGAAGUGGUGAAGUGCCUCACAACCCUGAGUACCCCUGGGGAGCAUCACAACAAGAGAGACUGGAAAAAGCACUUGACGUAGAGACCAAACUCACCAGUAACUCCCAAGGGCCGGAUUGUGUACUCGUUGAUUGUGAAGCCCAUUUCUAGGGCAUGAGUUCUCAUGUUCUUAUUGAAUAUGUCACUACCUGUGAAGUACAGUACUCCACAAUAAUACUGAUCCUUUGGGAUCAGCCUAGAGUAAAACAAAACAAAACAAAAACAAAACAAA